AUGCCGGCAUGCGCCCAGCUCUCGACGGAGCUGUGGCUCGAAAUCGUCCGUUAUGUCUGGGAUCCUCCCCCAGUGUCGAGCAGCCCUUGGGAGUGCGACGCAUCGAACAAGUGGUACAUUGUCGAGGCGUAUCAGAGAUAUGAACACCACCAGUCAGGCCGCCAGGAUCUAGUGCGACUAUCCCUCGUCUCCCGCCGGCUGGCUGCCAUAGCCAGGAGUCACCUGUGGCACUUCGUGGCCCUCACCACGGGCAAGUCUAUCAGUGACUUGAGCGACACGCUGGGCAGGUGGCCGGAUCUUGGGCAUUACAUCCGCCACCUGUAUUGUCUCGAAGAUCUCCAGGGUACGUCGCCGGAUAGGGACGAGCACAAGGAGCCUAUUGGCGCUUACAGCCCCGACUUCAUACCGCCCGAAGACAAGUUGAUCAUGGAAAAGUGCUUCAACACUAUCCUCUCGUUUACGCCGAACCUGGAGACACUGAUGUUCCUGUUUCCCGACAGUGAAACAUUUCUUGAGUGUACACUACCGGUGCUGUGGAAAGGCGUGCUGAAACGCCCCGUCUUUGACCACACGUGGACAGAGGUCGAAGAUGACGACCGCACUUAUCCGAGUUUCUCCAAGCUCAAGACCCUCCAAGUCUGCCGCGAUGUCCACGAGCAGAAUUACCGCGACAGCUACCGGCACGGCGUAUUCGCGUGCAACAUCGUCCCCCUCUUGCACAAGCUGCCGCACUUGCAGACCCUCGAAGUCCUCGCCGACGACGGUUCCAUCUGGUUCCAACAUCUCAACGAAGCGGGGGCCCAGGCCCUCGGACCGCCAGCGGCGCCAGCCCUCUAUCUCCUCGAGUUCCCAACUCUGCUCCACGUUCGCCUUCUCCAUACCUGCUCUAUCGAAACCCACAUCUCUCAACUGUGCUGGGCCUGCGUCAACCUCGAGACCUUGGUCAUUUACUUCGAAGAUGCUUUCCCCCCAGAAAUGGACAAUGCCCAAAGUCAAGAUCCAGAGGUCAAUCAAGAAAGCCGCCCACCGUCCCUCGUCAAGGCCAUCGCCGCUCGCUCAAACACCCUGCAGCACCUUGAGAUCAUCUCUCCGCCAUGUGGGAACUUCCUGUCGCGCACACACAAUGAGGAAAGACGGCUGAGCUGCCUCCCGCAAAUGACCCGUCUGAAGCACCUGACCCUCGACUGGCGGGGCCUCUUUGGCCCAUACGACACGAUCGACGCCGCGGUCGCCGAGCUCGGCGGGCUGGACGGCUUGCUCCCGCCGCGGCUGGAGAGCUUCGACCUCGUGUGCUACUGGAACGACAUCCUUGCCCACGACGAGAACCCCGACGUCCAGAGGAAAGAGGUCGACACCACGAUCACCUUGCUCAGGCAGCUGCACGAGCAGCAGCGCGUGGGCGCGCGCGACGCCGCCGCUUCGAAGCGGCCGCUGCGGCGGGUGCGCUUGUCCACGGCGCGCGAGAACUACAACCCCCUACCUGAGAUCGCGGCAGCGGGGAUGCCGGAAGAGGGCGAGGCCGAGGCCUGGUUCGCGCCGGAGUGGGAGUUUGGCUGGUUCAGCGUGCCGGAGCGGUUCGACGCGGCUGCGCUGAACAUUAGUGACACGGCGAGUGAGAGUGGCAGGACCCAGAGGAGGCUAGCGAUGACUCAGUGA